AUGGCAGAUUUCUCACUUGAAGCUGCUUCAGAGGCACAACCACUAGCCAUCGUUGGGCUUGCAACCCGCUUCCCACAAGAAGCGUCCAGCACAGAGCGGCUGUGGCAAUACCUUCUCGCGAAGAAAUGUGCACACACACCGUUUCCCGAAGAUCGGGUGGGCAGAGGACAUUACCAUCCAGAUCCCGAGCAUGGCGGUACACAUGCUGUCGAAGGAGGUCACUUUCUUGCUGAGGAUCCAGCAUAUUUCGAUUCCUCCUUCUUUGGAAUCAUAAAAGGCGAGGCCAUGUCACUCGAUCCUCAACAACGUGUUGUCCUAGAAAAUGUGUAUCUUGCUCUCGAGAACAGCGGGUUCACGAUUGAGCAAGUCGCAGGAUCCAAAACCUCAGUCUACGUCUCGGGUUUUAAUCACGAUCAUCUAGCCUUGCUGAACAGUGACCCAGAGACUACGCUUCGACAUCGUGUCACUGGUCUCACAAACUCUAUGCAUAGUAAUCGUGUAUCAUGGUUUUUUGAUCUCAAGGGACCAAGUAUGACUGUUGAUACCGCAUGCUCUAGUUCCAUGGUGGCUUUGCAUCUCGGUGGUCAGAGUUUACGGACGAGAGAGAGCGACAUGGCAAUCAUUACGGGAGUAACAAUUCUCAAUUACCCUGGUGACAUCAACGGCAUGUCACAUCAAGGCUUUCUCAGCCCCGAUGGCCGUUGUUUCAGUUUUGAUCACCGCGCCAACAGUUUCGCUCGUGGAGAAGGCGUUGGAACCGUAAUUGUCAAGCGCCUGAGUGAUGCCCUUCGUGAUGGCGAUACUAUUCGCGCGGUUGUUCGUGGCACAGGCAUCAACCAGGAUGGUCGUACCCCAGGUCUCACCCUUCCCAGCAGCGAAGCACAAGAAAAACUCAUCAGAAGCACAUAUGCCUCAGCCGGGCUGGAUUUUGACGAUACUGCUCUGAUAGAAGCGCAUGGCACCGGGACGCGCCAAGGCGACGCAAUUGAAGCCCGUGGAAUCGCACAGGCAUUCAAGUCGAGGCGGAAGGACAGACCGCUAUAUCUGGGUUCGAUCAAGGCCAGUGUUGGGCACCUUGAAGGCGCCGCGGGCGUUGCCGGAAUCAUCAAAGGUGUGCCGACACUCGAGAACGGAGUCAUUCCACCACAAGCCAAUUUUGAGCGGGCAAACCCCAGGAUUCCAUUCGACAAAUGGAACCUUUCUAUUGCCGACAAAGCUGUGCCGUGGCCUACGCAAGGUAUUCGGAGAGUGUCGAUCAACUCCUUCGGCGUAGGAGGAACCAAUUCACAUGCUAUCCUCGACGAUGCAUACAACUACUUGCGAGACCAUGGGCUGACCGGAAAACACCGGACCGCCAGUAGGGUGCCUUCCAGUGAAGAGAUUGAUAUUCUGAGUCGUGCUGCAGAAGAAUUCUCGGAUCCUCCUCACUUGAGUGGCGACGAGAAUGCGUCACAGAAGAAUGGGAGCACGACGCCGCCCACAAAGAAUGGUGUUGAUGGAGAUCAUAGCCAAAGAAGCUGGCGGUUGGCUGAACAGAUACCAACCCCUCCCCAGCUCAUUGGCCUUUCUGCGUUUGACGAAGCAGGCCUAUCCCGAAAUGCCCAAGCACAAUUUGCCUUCGUUCAGUCUCGUUCUGUACAUGCGCCGUCAUUCUUGCAGGACUAUUCCUUCACUAUGAACAAACGUUCCCAGUUUGGAUGGCGCAGUUUUCUCCUCGCUGGACACGCUUUGGAUCUGCUUGAAACCCUUCCGAGUAUACACACAAAAGUCGUCCGAGCACGCGGAACCAUAUCUCUCGCCUACGUCUUUACAGGCCAGGGAGCUCAGUAUCCUGCCAUGAGCCGGGAACUGUAUGUUUAUCCUGUUUUCCGGGACAGCAUGACACUGGCAAGCCAAUUCUUUACAUCCUUGGGCGCAACCUGGUCUCUCCUCAACGAAUUAUCCGACACUACUGAACAAAGUAAUAUCAAUGAACCCUGGCUAUCACAACCAGCUUGUACAGCAGUGCAGGUAGCAUUGGUGGAUCUGCUCAGGUCGUGGGGUGUGAGACCGUCAAGAGUCAUAGGGCAUAGUUCAGGAGAAAUAGCUGCAGCCUACGCUUCCGGAAAGCUGAAUCGCGAGUCGGCAUGGCGGGUGGCGUAUUACCGAGGCAUAGUUUCUGCAAAGGAAAACGAGCUCAAAGGCUCGAUGCUGGCCGUGGGUAACAGCCCUAGAAACUGCACCAUAUCUGGAGAUGAACAUCUCGUUUCGGAACUUCACGACUCGUUGCAAGCGAAGCAAAUCUUUGUGAGAAAGUUGCCUAUUCGCAAAGCGUACCACUCGCCGCACAUGGAUCAUGUUGCGACUAAAUACACAACGCUUCUCGAGGGUCUCUCGCCGGAAAGAUCGAUUCAGCCAAACACGGUGGCCAUGGUCUCAACGGUGACUGGGACGUUCAUCACCGAUGAACUACUCGAUGCUGAGUAUUGGGUCAGGAACUUGGUUUCGCCAGUUCAAUUUGCUGAUAGCUUGUCAGCAACUUGUUUCCGGUCCGCACAGAAAGGCCAAGUCUCUCUUCAGGUUGAUGCUCAGGGAGCCAACCAUUUCGUGGACGUUGUGCUGGAGCUUGGCUCGCAUGGCGCCCUUCAAAGCGCUAUCAAGGACGUCCUGGCAACGCAACCCGGUGGAUCCGCCAUAACCUCAUUCCCCGUCUUGAAUCGCUCCAAACCUGGCCCUGAGACUGCGCUGACCGCGCUGGGACAUAUCUGGAGUCGUGGCUACCCGAUUAGCCUCGAAAAGAUUAAUCAAAGUGCUGAGCACGAACCGCUCGUACAAACACAUGCCCUACUGGCCGAUGUCCCUGGCUAUGCUUUCAAUCAUUCCCAGCUCCUCUGGUACGAAAGUCGCAUAAGCCGCAACUACCGUCUCCGCAAAGCGCCUCGUCAUGACCUCUUUGGUGCACCACCCUGGCUGCGUGACCACAUUGUCACCAAUUCCCAUGUCUAUCCAGGUGUGGGCUAUCUCAUCAUGGCUAUUGAGGCGGUUCGGCAAAUUGCCGACGAAGGCCUGGCAAUUACCUCGUUUCGCUUGAGAGAAAUUUCAAUUAAACGGGCAAUGAUCGUUCCAGACGGGAAAGAUGGGCUGGAAGUCAUGCUGUCGAUGAAUCGGGUGGAUGAAUCCAGCUUGACGGUCUCGAAUACGUGGCGUCGAUUCCAGAUCUUGUCUUAUAAUCCUGCUGGUGACGACUGGAUUGAGCACUGCACAGGAUACAUUGGUGUGGAAUAUGCUACAGCCACUGGUCCUGUUGAUGGUGGGCUGGAGGCUCGGGAAGAGGCAGCCAUACGACGCCGAGAGUUACAGGAUGCUGAGAGUAGGUGUCAGGCAACAUUUGACAUGUUCCGCGCAUACGAAAAUAUGGCCACGGUUGGACUUCAGUUCGGUCCAUUGUUCAGGAAUGGAUCCGACGCCAGAGGCACUGGCAAUCAAGGCGGAGCAGUCAUCGGGCGAGUGACGGUGCCGGAUAUUGCCGCAUCCAUGCCCAAGCAAUACGCCUCACCACACCUCAUACACCCUGCCACAUUCGACAGCAUGAUACAUUUUGCGCUUGCAGCCAUCAUGGAUCUCUUCGGUGCCACAAGUCUGGAGAAUCCAGCAGUUCCAACGUUUAUCAAAGACGUUUGGCUGUCAGCAGAGCUGAGUGCGCUGCCUGGCCAUAAAUACAGAGUUCAUGGCCGGACUGAGCGAGUCGCUUUCGAAAAAUAUGACAACGAUGUGUUGGUGUGGGACGAAAUGACUGGCGAUGCGAGAAUCUCAGUCACCGGUAUUCGUGCCACACCAUUGGACUCUGCGGAUCAGCGAGCAGCAACUGGUAGAGAGUUGUGCCACGAAGUCAAGUGGCCUGUUUACCUCGAGACCAUCUCGCAAGAGGACUUGAGCCCAGAGAACCAUCUCGUGAGACCGGAUAGUUUGACAGCUGAAUGGGUGCACCGGUUGCAACUGGCCACUCUCUGCCUCGUCCAUGAUGCUCUAGACGAGUAUAGAAAGCUUCCUGGGACUCCUCAAGGCCACCUGCAAAACUACCUGCAAUGGUUGGAGCAACUCGAACACUGGACCAAAGAAGACAAGAUCUCAUCCGUCUCACGUGCCGAUUAUGAGGCCAUUCGCGAUAACGAUACUGCCAAAGCUGAGCUCUACCGCCAAAUCCAAGAGUACAAGGCAGAAGGCCGUCUAGCUUAUAGAAUGGGUUCUAAUAUUGUUUCUGUGUUGCGUGGCGAAACCGACCCCCUUCAACUCAUGUUUGGCCAGGACGAUAUCCUAGACCAAGUGUAUGCUGAUCUCGUCCGACUCGGAGACCUUCCGGAGCUUCUAGCCAAAUAUCUGCAAAUUCUGGGGGAAAACCGCACCAACCUUUGUGUCCUGGAAGUUGGAGCUGGAACCGGCUCAUCGACCGAAGCCGUGAUCCGGCAUCUGGCCCCCGUCUCGGAAGAUGGGCGUCUUUUGCAAUCCAGCGUCCUCCAAUACACAUACACGGAUAUCUCGUCAGCUUUCUUCGACAAAGCUCGCGACAAGUUCAAGUCUUGGCAAUCGAUCUUUGAGUACAAGGUCCUGCAUGCGGAGAAAGACGUUGAAAGUCAAGGUUUCGAGUGCGGCAUGUACGACGUCGUUGUCGCUCAGAACGUGAUCCAUGCAACCGAGGAUUUGCAUUCUACCCUGACAAACUUGAGAAAGCUUCUCAAGCCUGGCGGUCGAAUCAUGAUCCAGGAAGGUAUGAGACAAGACUACUUCUGGUCGGCUCUCGCUUUCGGACAGCUAAGUGGAUGGUGGCUGUCGAAAGAAGAGACGAGGCGAUGGAGUCCCUUUGCGUCGAAAGAGAAGUGGGGAACGCUAUUGAGCGGAGCUGGAUUUGACGGCGUCGAGCUAGAGUUGAAGGACGCUCAAGAUCUAGUGUCACAUACGCAGAGCAUCCUCGUAUCGCGUGCCGUGGAGCAGAAUGUGGUAUUGGAUGUGGUGCAAGAGAAGGCGAUCAUUGUUGCCCCUGAAUCCAUGGACAAAGACAUGGUCAUGGAAUUUCAACAGCAGUUGCAAAAAGCACUCCGAAUUGGAAGUGUUUCUAUUGCCUCGAUCAAGGAACUGAAAGACCAGGAUCUAAAUCAAAGCCUGUGCAUUUCACUCCUUGAGCUGAAUAGGCCUGUUCUGUCAACCCUGACGACAGAAGAGUACGAGGGUCUCCGAAAGAUGCUGACUGAGUGUCGCGGCCUUCUCUGGAUCACAGGAGACAUGGUGGAAAACCCGGAGAACGGUAUGGCGCUCGGACUCAUCCGAACAGUGCGAUGGGAGCGAGAUCUUGAUGACGCAAAUCUCGUCACAUUGUCCGUGGCGAAUCCACGACCAGACACGGCAGGCCUCAUUCAAUGCGUAAGCAAGCUCAGCGCACUGCAAUUUUCCAAGGCCAUCGCAAAAGACGAAAUGCAAGGAGAGUAUCUCUUGAAGGCAGGAACCUGCUUUACCAGCCGUCUUCACUCAAGCACCCGAGGAAACCAUUUUCUCGUGUCUCAAUUCAGCACUCCACAGCCUGUUCCUACGCCUUGGAAGAAUGCUGGCCGUCCAGUCAAAUUGUCCUCCGCCUCGCCCGGCCAGCUGGAUCGGUUGCAAUGGGUCACUGACCCGGUGUACAACACGCCUUUGGAUCCCACACACGUCGAAAUCGAGAUCAAAGCAAUGGGUCUCAACUUCCGAGACCUGAUGAUUGCCAUGGGCGAGCAUAUGGCGUACAGUAUCGGAUGUGAAGCCGCUGGUGUCAUCUCUCGAGUCGGGUCCCAGGUUACCGAUGUAUCUAUCGGAGAUCGAGUAACGUACAUUACUGGGCUCGACCAUGUGGGCUGUUUCCACACUUUUGGGCGCGUGGACCAGUCGGUAGUAACUAAGAUCUCAGACUCUCUGAGUUACAGCGAUGCGGCUGGGCUUCCGGCCGUGUAUGUCACGGUGCUAUAUGCGCUGAGAGAUGUAGCAAGGCUCGCAAAGGGAGAAAAGGUGCUGAUCCAUGCUGCAGCGGGAGGUGUGGGACAGGCGGCGAUAAACUAUGCGAAGAGUGUUGGGGCUGAGAUUUUUGCCACUUGUUCCACGCCGGAGAAGAGAGAUGUGGGUUACUACCUGGCCUUGCUGAUGCGAAACUACGGCAUCCCGGAAGACCAUAUCUUCUCGAGUCGAGACUUGAGUUUUGCAAAAGGUAUCCGACGAAUAAGCGGUGGCUACGGAGUGGAUGUCGUUCUCAACUCACUCGCCGGCGAUGCUUUGCGAUGCUCCUGGGAGCUUCUUGCACCCUUUGGACGCUUCAUUGAGAUUGGCAAGAAGGAUAUUCAGUCCAACUCUAAGAUUGAGUUGCGACCCUUGCUGCGAGGCACCUCUAUGACUUGCGUUGAUUUGGUUACCAUGAUGAAGUGUCGGCCGCAGCUGGUUAAACAGCUCACCGACGACACAGUACGCCUGUGGAGCGAGGGAAUCGUCAAAACGGCAAAACCAACAACGGUCUCGCCGCUGUCGAAGCUGAUUGAGGGUUUCCAGACUCUGCAAUCGGGUCGUGGAACAGGCAAAAUGGUGUUUGUGCCACAUGGAGAUGAUGUGGUCCCGAUUGUGCCGGAGCAGCAAACCCCAUUCACCUUCAGUCCAGACGCAACGUACGUUCUGAGCGGUGGUCUAGGAGGGUUGGGGCGAAGUAUUGCAAGAUGGAUGGUGUCGAGAGGCGCCCGCAACUUGUUGUUCCUCUCCCGUAGUGGGAACAUUACUCCGGCCGUUGCAGAAAUGGAAAAGCAGCUCACAGAGCAGAAGUGUCGAGUGCACAUUGUAAAAUGCGAUGUCACCGACGCUGCUAACCUUGUAAGCGUGUUGGAGGAAUGCAAGUCUCUCCUGCCACCUAUCAAGGGAGUCAUUCAAGGAGCGAUGCAAUUAUCAGACUCCAUUUUUGAAAACAUGACAUAUGACAGAUACAUGUCGGCGGUUAAGCCCAAGGUGGUGGGCUCGUGGAAUCUCCAUAGGCAUCUCCCACGCGACCUCGACCACUUUGUGCUUCUCUCUUCUGCUACGGGCAUACUCGGCAACCGCGGCCAGGCAAACUACGCUGCUGGAAACACGUAUCAAGACGCACUUGCCGAGCACCGGCGGUCCCAAGGCCUCGCUGCUACCACCAUUGAUGUUGGAGCUAUCCUGUCUGUUGGCUAUGUGGCCGAAAACUCGUCGCGUGUGGCGAUCAACAAGGGCGUCAGCGUGGAACUGGAGCAAAUCCGCGAAGAGGAGCUUCACGCAAUUUUGGAAUACGCUUUGGAUUCGCGACAGGAACCGCCGACGCAGAUUGUCACUGGUCUCUCGCACCGAGAUAAAUAUCGCGCCAAGGGAAUGCCGACGCCUUCGUUUAUGAGUUUCCCCCUGUUUGCGCACCUGAACAGCGAGAGCUUGCUGGGAUCUGCCGCGUCCGAGAGUACAGAGGUUGCGGUGGAAGCUUUGCUUGCGCAAGCAAAAACACUGGGCGAGGCAGCUGACAUGAUCACGACGGCGGUAAAGGGCAAGCUUGCAAGUUUGCUAUCGGUAGCAGCGGCGGAUAUUGACGACGACAAGUCCAUCAGCGCAAAUGGUAUCGACUCGUUGGUGGCGAUAGAAUUCCGCACGUUCCUUGCGCGAGACGUAAAGGCCGACGUGCCAAUGUUGGAUGUUAUGGGGACGUCAACCAUCAAGGUCUUGUGCAAGAAGAUUGCCACAUUGAGCCGCGCGGUCAAUGUCAAGCAGGAUGAAAAGAGCGAAGAAUAGGGUUGCUUGUGCGGCCAAGGGUUAUUGGAUUAGUGUGUUAGUUAUUGUUUGGCCAAAGCGUGGUUCUCUGGUAAUCCAGGCCAUGCCAAGUAACGUAGUAUGCAACAUUCUCCUAUUUGUUAGUGGAAUUUCAUGAUCUAUGUCAGUGCACGAAGACGGCAUAAUGUACCUUGUUAUGUUUCUGGUGGAAUCGUUACACCAAUAUAUUUGGAUCAGCAAAGACGGAUGGACACACAUGUGGUGCAACGACAGGCGCGGGGCGAAUGGACG